UCUUGAGUGAAAUUUUGACAUUAGUGGAAAACGCAACAAAACACCACGAAUUAUUUGUAUCAAAUAUAGAAUUAGUUAUUUCGUAUAAAGUGGAUAAAUUAUGUCCCGGCAAACAUCUCGUUUUGACGCAAAAAAAGUGAACGCGGAGUUUUUAACUCUCACCUAUGGCGCUUUGGUGACACAAAUGUUGCGUGACUUCGAGAAUGUCGAGGAUGUUAAUAAACAACUCGAACGUAUUGGCUACAAUAUGGGUAUGCGUCUCAUAGAAGAUUUUCUAGCACGCACACAAGCUCCACGUUGCUUGGAGAUGCGCGAAACUGCAGAUCGCAUACAGCAAGCAUUCCGUAUUUAUCUAAAUGUGCAACCAUCAAUUUCUAAUUGGUCACCUGCGCUAGAUGAAUUCUCAUUGAUAUUCGAUUCAAACCCUUUAACGGAAUUCGUUGAACUUCCACAAGAUUUGACAAAUUUGCGUUAUAGUUCAAUUUUUAGUGGCUGCAUACGUGGUGCACUCGAAAUGGUGCAACUUGAAGUGCAGUGUUGGUUCGCUCAGGAUCAGUUAAAGGGUGAUAAUGUUACAGAGCUACGAGUUAAGUUUAUUAGGCGCUUGGAGGAUGCUAUUCCAGCUGGAGAAGAUUAAAAUUAUUUAAAGUAUUUACUAUUUUUAAUGAAGUAUUUAUACGGUUAUGUAUCAUUCAGAUGAAUCUAGACAAAAUAUAAAACAAUUAGUAAUAAUUAUUUAAGCAGAUUAUAUUAUAUUGCGUGCAUACGACUAAUCUAUUGAAUAUAUUCGCUUGAAUG